AUGAGGAAUCAGGACUGAGCAGAGAUGAGUGUGAUCCUGCAAAUGUGACCACACCUCUACCAAGGCAAAUUAGGGCAACCCAGAGAACCGGGUGAUCAGUGGCAAUACACAAACACAAGUCACCCCACCACAAAGACUAACCGGGACCCACACCAAAGCCCACACAGGUGGAGACAAUGAGCAGGCAGUCAUAACAUGUACAUGUUAAUAUGUCUUAUUUUUAUAAUUCUUAUACAAUAAUUCUUAUAUUCUGCAAGUAAGGUCAUAUUGAAUAAUUAUUCUCAAUAUUAUUAUUUCCACAGCUCCUUGCUCUCAUGUGAAGACAACCUUGUACACUCUCAGGAAUGAGUUAAUGUCUCAGCAUUUGGACACUUCUGCCGGUGAAGUGUUUGAACUUUUGAACAACAUGAAGAAAAAAACUGUGCCAACAGCAUCUGACGGAAACAGCCCAACACACAGACCAGAGGAACAUAGUAACCCUCGGGUUACUGGAAAAAUGCAGAAUGAAACUCCACACACAGAAACGGACCUAGAGAGGCUACUAAAGGACCUGGGGUUGGAGCAGUACUACAGUAAGAAGCUGUCACUCAGCAAGAUAUUGGAAAUUGAUGAGAAGACUAUCAGUGAUGAACCUGUGAAACGCAAAAUAAACAUUCCCUGGAAUUUUCUAAAGAAACUGAUGAUGGUUAACGUGACAGCUAGGGAUGCAAAAUGCACAUCAGUAGGUGAGCCAAACUGUGAUGAUGCAUCAGGAACUAUGGAAUUAAACAUUGAUAAACUGCUCGGCAGUUCGGAUACAGAUGACAGGCUAAACCCUCUUGACAUAAUCACUGCUCUCUUUCUGUGUUCUGAUGGUUUUGUACAACAAGAAAUGUCACUAAAAAUGUCAAUGUGUCAGUUCUCUGUACCUCUGCUGCUUCCCAAAUGUGACACAGCACAGUGCACACUCAUGCUGUGGGCCAUGAGAGACAUUGUAAAGAAGUACAGACCUCAAGAUCUUUUAGAAUCCAAAGGUUUCAUUGAAGAAAGAAUUGUUCAUUCUCAACUUCCAAUGGUCUCUUUUGUGAGACUGGGUGAAUGCUCCUUGUCCAAGUCCGAGAUCCUCAACAAGCUUCUGAGCAGAUCUCACCAUGACAUCUUUGUUCACCACAACAUGGAGUGUGGAGACAGUAAAAGAAAAAUAUCCAAUGGACUGACUGAAAUUACCUGGUACCUUCCUUGUGGAAACCAGAACAUGGACAUUUUUGUUGAGCCAGUUGCUAUAGCAAACCUUCAUGGUGACAUUGCUACGUUAGAAACACAAUUCUCCUUUCUUUGUCAGACGUCUGCAGCAGUGUUUGUGUUCUUUGAUGAUUUAGACUCUGAGUGUGAGCUGCUAAUGAACCAAAAACACAAAGCACAGAUCUUCUUGGUAGGAAACCAACAGAACAAGAGCUUCAAUUCAAACACUUUGAAGGAGGUAGCGACUAAGUUAAAAUUGUCUAACAAUAACAUCAUAAUAAAGACAAAACAGAAAAAUGAUGCAGACUUCAUCAAAUGUUUGAGAGAAUCAGUCAGUAAUGUAGUUGGGAACUCAAGGGUGAAGAUGUCAGUAGAGCAGAUGGCUGAUGUGGCUCAUGAACUGGGAAUAUUGGUUGAUGAAGAUUCUCCAGAGUGCCAGGCUGGAAAGCAAAAAGCAGAUACCAUCACUGAAGACAUUCAAGACAUCCUUAAAUACAAAGAAGAUCAGCUUCGCUUGCAAGGAGAAAUAUGGAAAGAACUGACGUUCUUGGAAAAGGAAGAAUUUCGACUUAAAAAAGUUGGGUCUGAAAACAUAGAGCAGUACAAGAGUGAUCUUCAGGGGCAGAAAGAAGAACUGAGGAAAAAGCAGAACUCUUAUGGCAUAUCAGAAGCUAUGACUUUGUUCAUUGAUGCCAUAUCCAGCUCAAAAACAGAAAGGUGUUAUUUCCUGAAAUGGAUGCGAAUGAACCUCGAUAACUUGUCUUGUAGAAAACUGUCUGGACUCAGGGAGCUGUACAAAGAGAAGUGUAAAGGUUCUGAGAACAAAGACGAGAUCAAAGAAAUUGACAGACAACUUUCUAACAGCUCACUGGGAACUGAACACUUCUUCCGUGAAAUGGGUCAGAUCUACGAAGCUUCGGUUUCCCUUCCAGAAACAGACCCUUACCGUAAACAGUUGCAGCAUCUGCCCAAACUCUGUGCACAGAUGUUACUUGAUGGAUUUCCUCUUGAGCUUGUAGAUGGACAUGCUUCCAACAUACCUCUCAGAUGGGUGAGUGAUGUUCUCUCUCAGCUCAAUGGCUUGGUGUCUCCAAAGAACAAGAUCAUGGUCGUCACAGUGCUUGGAGUUCAGAGCACAGGAAAGUCCACUCUCCUUAACACCAUGUUUGGAGUUCAGUUUGCAGUCAGCAGUGGUCGAUGCACUCGAGGUGCCUUCAUGCUGCUCAUCAAAGUCAAUGAAGACGUCAAAAAAGAUCUCAACUGUGACUUCAUGGUGAUCAUCGACACUGAGGGCUUAAAGUCACCAGAGCUGGCACAGCUGGACAACAGCCAUGAACAUGACAAUGAGCUUGCAACACUUGUUGUGGGGCUGAGUGAUAUCACCAUUAUUAAUAUUGCAAUGGAGAAUUCAACAGAAAUGAAGGACAUCCUGCAGAUAGUGGUGCACGCUUUCCUCAGGAUGAAGGAGGUGAGCAAAAAACCCAAAUGUUAUUUUGUUCACCAGAACGUUUCUGAUGUUUCAGCACAUAAGAACAACCAAAGAGACAGGAAACUGCUCUUGCAACAGCUGAAUGAGAUGACUCAGGCAGCAGCUAAAAUGGAAAAAAAAGAGGAGAACAAGAGCUUCACUGAUGUGAUGGAGUACAAUCCAGACACUGAGAACUGCUACGUUCCUGGACUCUGGAAUGGAAACCCACCAAUGGCACCAGUCAAUGAAGGAUAUAGUGAGAUUGUCUAUGAGCUCAAGAAAAACAUCAUCCAUCGACUGGGAGAGAGUGAAGCAUCUGCUAAUAAGAUCUUGGAGUUUAGAGAGUGGAUGACCAGUCUGUGGAAUGCAGUAAAACAUGAAAACUUCAUCUUCAGCUUCAGAAACAGCCUGGUAGCUGAUGCAUACAUGAGACUCUGCACAGAGUUCAACAAAUGGGAGUGGGAGUUCAAGAAAGAAAUGUACACCUGGGUUACCGAAGCAGAGACGAGAAUCUCUAAUUUUGGUACAGUUGCUGCAAAAUCUGCAACAUCUGACAUGACACAACUCCUCACUCAGCUGAAAAGUGAAGCUGUAUUAGAGCUGUCUAAAUGGGAGAACAAGCUCCUGGACAAUCUGAAGAAAUACUUCAAGCAAACAGAGGGUCAUGUUCAUCUGGUUGAAAGAUACAGAGAGGAUUUUGCAAACAGUGCAAAGAGCCUUCGACGAGAAAUAGAAAGUUCUGUAAUCAACCAGCUCACAGCAGCAGCUGAUAUCAGACGAGGAAUGAAAGAACUGGAUGAAAUCAAGGAAAAUCAUGCAAAAGAAAUAGAGAAAGCAGUGAGUAAGUUAAUUGAUGAAUGUCGAAAGAAAAAAGUUGAGAUGACAGAGACAGAGCUGGACAAAGAAUUUGAUAAGAUGUGGAGUGAAACACUGAAGAAACUGACUUUCUCUGAGCAAAAGCCCAAAGAUGUCUAUGACAGUGUGUACCGCUGUCUGAUAGCUAAUCUGUCAAAAAAGGGGAGCCACGCUCAUAAAUUGUUGAGUGAAAAAAACAUCAAAGAUUGUGGGCUGGAGCCUUACAAAUACAAAGCUGAAGGACUAAAGAAAGUUACAGAUUGGUUCUUUAAAGAUUUUGUGAAGAUGAGACAACAAAUAGCUGACAGAAUCAUAAAUUCCUGCACUCAGUUAGUAGAUGAAAAACUGGUAAGAAAUUCUGAUUAUCAUGACACUUACAUUCAGGAGAUCCUUCACAUCAUUGAUGAAAGUCUGGAAAAAUACACUGAUGUGAAAACAGAUACGGAGUUUGAAGUUUCUCUAAAACAGCACAUCUGUGGAUUUGCAGCCAGAAGCUUUCAGAAAAUGCAUUUAGAGUUUCUACGUUUCAACAAUCCCCGUACACGUCUGGAAGAAAACAAAAUCAAGUUCCAAGAUGAUUUCAAAGAUGUGUUCCAUGAACGAGACCAGUGUCAGAAGAAGGCUGACGAAUUCACAGAACAAUGUCUGAAGCCUGCUGUUAAGGACUUUGUCAACCGUUCCCUUGGUCCUGAUAUCAUUGAUGAAAUGCUGAAGAAGGAGCAGUUCAGCACACGAAUGUCCUUCCAGUACUCACUUUUACUGGAUCUGCUUUCAGAAAAGAAGUUCGAAAACUUCCGUAGCUAUUGUUCUUCUUAUGAGAGUUAUGUAAAAGAGAAAAUUCUUCAACAAGUGAAGGAACAUUUUUCAAACAGCUCUGCAACAUUUGAGUUUGAGGACAAACAUCUUCAGUCAAGGAUCAAGAGCAUAAAUGAUGCCAUCAAACACACCAAAGAAAAGAAGUGUGGUGACUUGAAGACGUUUGUUGAAGAAAUCUGCAAAGAACUUGGUGAUAAACUGGUCAUUUCCCAGGAUGCUCUUGGUGCUUUCCUGAUCCUGAACAAUGCUGACCAGGAUCAGUUUUCUAACUUGCUCACAGUGUCUGUGAAGGACAUGGCAGAAACUCUUAAGGAGGAAUUUGAAAAUACAACCUUUGAAACAAAACUCAUACAUCUCAAUGUGAAUCCCCAGAAUGAGCUUUUCAACAGAGUGGUUGGUUGUGGCAGACAGUGUCCAUUCUGCAAAGUUCCCUGUGAUGCAGGAGGAAGAGCCCACACUGAACACUUUGCUUCACUGCAUCGACCAGAGGGUCUGGGUACAUACAGGUUUACAGCAACAAAAAAACUUGUCACGGACAUUUGCACAUCCUCUGUGCUCAGCAACAAACUAUUUUGCUGCCGUGAAACAAAAGAUCAAUAUCAUCCUUUCAAGAAUUACAAAGAAUUUUUUCCAGACUGGAACAUCCCUCCAGAUUCCAGCCUUGAGGCAUCAGACUACUGGAAAUAUGUGAUGGCAAAAUACAACAAUGAUUUUGCUAAAGCAUAUGGUGCAGAACCCGCUGACAUUCCUGAUUCUUGGAAAAAAAUCACAGCAGAACAGGCAAAAGAAAGCCUUCAAGAGUCAUUCAGGGUUAAAAGAGGCUGUUAUUCCUCCUGAACUCUUUCUCUUCUCCAGAAGGAUACAUAGAGGGUCCCCACUGAGGGAUCUUUUUUGGGGUUUUAUUUACACUAUUAGUGAAAAGUUUGGACCCACUUUCCCUUUAGAUUAUAGAUAAUACAUUGUAUUUAAAAAGAGAGAAAGAGAAAAAAAUCCCAGCAAAUGCUCAAAUUUAGAAAUGAAAAAUGUUGUAGAUGCAUUUUAUGAAAGACUUAUUCAUUGUUUUUGUUUUAGUUUAAAUAUAUGACAUCAAACUUUUUGUAGAUCUUUUUUCAAAGCUCACUCAGUUACCUAUGCUCUUGGUGCUUUCAUAAUCCUGAACAAUGCUGACGUGGAGCAGCUUGCUCAGUCAGAUGGGACACACUCUUAGAGACAAAGUUAAAGAAAAUGACAUCCGAAUGAAACUGAAACGUCUCUGUUUGAAGCCCCAGAAUGAGUUUUUCUUUUUACCAAACUGAUUGGUGGCAAACAGUGUCUCUUCUGCAAAGCUCCUUGUGAAGCAGGAGGAAAAGCCGACACUGAACACUUUGCUGCUUCACUGCAUCAGCCAACAUGUCUGGGUACAUACAGAUCCUGUUCCUCCCGUAAACUUGGAACUAACAUACGCUCUUACCCGUACAAGCACUACAAGUAAAUAUUCCCAGACUGGAAAAUUGCUCUGAAAGUCAGUCUUGAAGCAUCCGACUUCUGGAAAUUUGUAAUAGAAAAGUACAACUAUGAAGUUACAAAAGCCUGCCAAGAUCCCAAAAAGCCUAUCACACAUAAACAGAUGGAAGCAAGCCUUAAGGAGUCAUUUAACAUUAACAGAAAAGUUUUACACCAGAAGAGGGAAACACCCUCCAUGUUUUAUUCAUCUCUAUCUCCUAGUUAUCCAGCCUGACUUUACUUAUACUCUAUGAUAUGGAGAAAAAUCGCAAAUGGCUGGAAAUAAGACAAUAAGGUUGAAGUUGUCAGUGGAUAUUUGACUAUUUUCUAUUAUACAAUUACAUUUGAAAUGUUUUUUUAUUAUUAUUGUUAUUUGUGUGUUUGUAAAAUGAGUGCCUUUAAGACAAGGUUUUAUCUUGUUUGCUUAUCAGUUUAUUUACUUUUUAUUUUACUGUAGUACAGUUAAUAAAUCAGCAAUGCCAUUGAAUGAUGAGUCAAACAGUUUGAUGUUUUAAUGCUUCAGUCUUUUCCCAUUUUGAAUAAAUUGAGUGUUCAAGGUUCAAAUUAAAGUGGUCAUGAUAAAAUCUUUAUAUUUUAAAAUAUUAUAGAAUAAGGUACUUGAUGAAAAUGUUUUGCUAAAAUGAAUUUAAAAAUAGUUAUUUUCUAUAUGUAAAAUAUGUUCUUGUUUCUAUUAAAAAUUUGAUGCUACAUACAUUUUUAUUAUGCUUAAAAAAUAACUUGGUGACACUGUUGUCAGAAGUCUUAAAUCAUUUGCUAAUCUGUCAUUUAUCCUUUAUUUUUGUUGUAAAUGUUUUACUCUCUGUCUCUGAUUUCAUACGAACAUGUGAUUCCUUUACAUUGUUGAAAUAUGCAAAAUGACCAGUUAUUGUACGGUAAAUCUGGUCGUAUCAACAUAAUGCUGUUUUAUAUACUCCUGUUAAACAAGUGAAUAAAGAGACAAAUCUCCA